AUGACAACUAAACAAAAUGUUUACACGUGUCUGCAUCAGCGUUCGAGAUUCAUCGAUGUAUUUCAGCGUGUCGGUGAAUAUAACAUCGGUAAAGCAAUUGGUAAAGGUAAUUUCGCAGUGGUACGUCUCGCUAAACAUUCUCUAUCAAAUACUCAGAUUGCCGUAAAAAUAGUGAACAAAAGCCGCCUCGAUGACGAUAGUAUGCAAAAAAUCGAUCGCGAGAUCCGCAUCCUAAAAACUCUUGUUCAUCCACAUAUUAUCAAAUUGUAUGAAGUUAUUAGAACCGAACAACAUAUUUACAUAGUAACCGAAUAUGCCAGUCAUGGUGAAGUAUUUGAAAUGCUAAUGGACAAAGGACGAGUGUGUGAAUCAGAAGCACGUCGUCUGUUCCAGCAAACGAGUUGCGCAGUUGCAUACUGUCAUUCGCAUCGAAUCGUGCAUCGUGAUCUCAAAGCUGAGAAUCUACUUCUUGACCUACAUAAUAAUGUCAAACUUAUUGAUUUUGGCUUCAGCAAUUUUCAGCAACCUCAGUCACUUCUUUCGACUUGGUGUGGUAGUCCCCCAUAUGCUGCACCAGAACUUCUCUUAGGCAAGGAAUAUGAUGGCAUGAAAGCGGAUGUAUGGAGUCUGGGUGUCAUUUUAUACAUCCUUGUAGCUGGUGGUUUUCCUUUUCCGGGUCAUUCGUUGGAUAAGCUCAAAUGUGCUGUUCUGGCCGGUCAACUCAAAAUCCCUUAUUGGGUUUCUGUUGAAUGUGCCGAUCUGAUAAGAAAGAUGUUAACGUUCCAUCCGGGCAAGAGAUAUAGUGUUGAGAACGUUGUUCAGCAUAGAUGGUUUGUGGCAGAGCAGUCACCUAAAAUGCAGCAGUUGAUUCACGAAAGCGUUAGCAGUGGAUUGCAUCCCGAUACGCUUUCAUCACCUCGACUCAACCCCACCGUUUUGCUUUUCAUGCAGCAGCACACCAAAUGCACCGAAGAGCAAAUCGUCGAGGAAGUGAAAAAGAAGAAUUAUGAGUGCUCGAUAUUCGCCACCUAUGAAUUGUUAUGCGAUAAAGUGCGUGAAUUGUCACUCGAUGAAGCGAACAGUGAGUUGUGUACAACAUCCUCUACACAACCAAGACGUGGUUCGCGUGGUUCGAUUGUGAGUGGUAAAGCUAAUAUUGAAAUUCAGCAUUCUACACCGACCAUAUCUGCACAUCACCUUGCUAAACUGAGUCUUUCAACAAAUACAGAUGAUACGGUUGGUUUUAUAGAUUACACUGCGUUCAGCAGUAUAAUGGUACUGAUAUGUGAAUUGAAGGAAUCAGAACGAAGUGAUGAUGCAUCAUCGGAUAUAGAUGAUACAGCAGCAUCAAGCUCUUCGGCUGCAUGCUCGUGGGUGAAGCGUCAUGCAGUGCAGUUGGGUACAGUGGUAGGCAUUGACCAAGCACAAGCAUGUUCCUCUGCUGCUGCGUCCGUAUUCCCAACGAAUAAUCGUUCUGAAACCAGACGUCACACUCUGUGUGCUGCUGAUCCGACAAUACCAUUUCAAACACUCUUACUAACACAACAAAUGGCGGCAGAUUCGCGUCUGGCUAAUGAGGCUGCAGCACACGCGGCUGUUGCCACAGCAGCUCUAGUGGCGCAUUCGGCUGUCAAUCCUUUCGUUAACACCACUCUACCCACCAAUCUCAUUCCUUUCAAUCAUUUGGCGUUAUAUAACACUUCGAACCCUACAUUACCACUUCAAUCGUUAGAAAGACGUGCGAGUGCAGGUGAGGCAAUGUUCGGUGUAAAUGGUUAUGAACAAUUACUAAGUACGAGUCAACAGACAGCAACAAGACAGAUUUUGAAUGGUUUUGACAACUUGCAAGCGAUUGGUCGAUGUACAUCAUCCUCACAAACACCCAGUAGUCGAUUGACGUCUGUACUUACUGUUGAGGAGGAAGGUGAAAGGUAUCUAAACCAGUUGGGAACCACCAAAAGAAAUACAGUGCAUUGUAUAAGUGGUACUGAUGGGCCAUGUUCCACAUCUCGGUUUAUGCGUAGUCCGUAUUCGAAGCAGAGUAAUGGUUCUGAACGUCGUAGUAGUUGGACGUCGUCAACACAGCAUGCCUCAUUAGUCACUCCUCAACAACAGGCUCAGUUAGAAAGGUUGUAUAAGCAGACAGUUGCGGGAGGUAGUGAUCAACUUAACGCCAUCCAACAAUUACAACGAGAGUUCCAACAGCUGAGAGCAAGCACACAGAUUUCGCCAGUUACAACGCGAGCAGCAUCAUCAUUACUGGAUUCGUCGUGUUCUUUACAAUGUGCUCCUCGCAUCAGCAUCACAGAUGAAAAUAAUUGUUGUCUUACACAACCUUCUUCAUCAGCCACCUUCGAUCCCGUUUCAGUAUUUGAAAAACAACGACCUGCAACGGCAAUUGGUUUCUCGUCGAUGCCAGAUUCUUCUUGUUCUCCUGAACGACGUUUUGAAACAAGUGCAAAGUCAAUAGUGAGUUCACUGGAAAGUAGUCAGGUUUUAACUCGGCUGCGUAGUGCACUCGAUACGUUGAAUAUCACAUAUGAAGAAUGUGGAACGUGUUCAUUAGCCAGCGAGACACGUCGAAUCUGUGUGGACAGUGCUGAUGGAGGUCGUGUUGAAAUCGAUGUCAGUGCAAUGCCGUUAUCCAUCAAUCAGAUUAAGAGCAAGGUGGAUUUUAUUUGUUCGGGUGUCGAUUUACUGGGCUGCAGUCAUCUGUGUUCACAACUCAUCAGUAAGCUCAAUUUACCGACCUGA